GAUCCCUAGAUGCCUACGCUCUCUGGCAUCCCCGCUAGCGGUGUUCUCUGCAAGAAUAGAGGAAGCAGCACCAAAGAAUGAAAAGAAAUGCUGAGAAAUAAAUAAAGCUUUCCUCUCCUGACUCGGAUGUUGAUAAUGGGUAUUGGGAAGUCCAAGGUAGAUCCCUGCCCUCUCUCUCUCUCCUGGGGUAAAGGCCACAGUGUGGAUACAAGCGAAAAAAAUCAUGGGUCAGAUUCCAAGACACCUAAAGAAAUCUCCUUGGGUGACACUUCUAAGCUUAACAGCACAACAGCAGAGCCCCCGGGAGACAAGGAGGGACGUGGGGAAGUGGAAGACACGCCUGGAGAGGAGGCAGAGGAAGAGGUGUUCCUCAAAUUUGUGAUCCUGCACGCCGAGGAGGACACCAGAGAAGCCCUCCGAGUCCAGAAUCUGCUGCAAAACGACUUUGGCGUCAGGCCUGGAAUAAUCUUUGCCGAGAUGCCGUGUGGCAGACAGCUGUUGCAGAAUUUAGAUGAUGCAGUGAAUGGGUCUGCAUGGACAAUUUUAUUACUGACUGAAAAUUUUUUACGGGACACCUGGUGUAAGUUCCAGUUCUACACGUCCCUCAUGAACUCCGUCAACAGGCAGCACAAAUACAACUCUGUCAUCCCCAUGCGGCCACGCAACAACCCCCUGUCCCGAGAAAGGACUCCCCUCGCCCUGAGAACCAUCAAUGCCCUUGAAGAAGAGAGUCGAGGCUUUCGUACCCAAGUAGAAAGAAUCUUUCAGGAGUCUGUGUAUAGGACACAACGAAGUAUAUGGAAAGAGACCAGAAGUAGGGCGCAGAGGCAUGCUCUGCCUGAGAAGGGACACAGCUCCGGUCUUUGUGAAACAAAGGCUUUCACUUGAGAAAGCCAUUUCUAGGAAGCAUUUCAAUGAAAGAGAAUCUCACUGCUACAGAAUCCUAAGGAGCACAAGAAAGAUACAUUUCUACAGGACAGACUCUACAACGAUAGUGCUUCUUGAUGUUUCUAUAGCUUGAGAUGGUCAAUUUCAGUUUUUCUCUGAUUUCCUGUUUCAUGAUUAUGACACGUUCCUCAGUUCAUAUUCCUUGUCUCAUCUUGAGCAAAAACUUGUAUGAUAGACAUUUUAAAAACAGGUUACUUUCGGGCCUCCCCGGUG